AAUUUUCCGGUCCACAAAAUACAAAUAGAAAACAAAAAAAAACAAGAAGGGAAGUGAGAGAAAGCAAUCAAACUGUUUGUGAUUUUCAGAAACAAUCAUCAAAUUUGCAGUUGGUGAAUUUGAUUUAAUUGGAUAAUUUGAUACAAAGAGAUGCAAUCAGCCAUGCUAUUGAAUCCUCCAACUCCUUCUUCUUCAUAUGUUUCUAGAAGUUUCCAAACCCUAGAUUCUCCAUCUUCAUCUUCAUCUUCAUCAUGCUCUCCUUCUUCUUCCACCGCCACUCUCUUUCUUCCUCCUCCUCCUCUCAAGAUUUCGGGUUUCUUUGGAACUCGAGUUUCCUCUCGGACAAGGCCCAAUUCAUCACCGCGCUCCCUGCGUAGAGCUUCACAGUAUCGAGUUGUAAAGGCUGUUGCAACUCCAAAUUCAGCAGUAGAGCCAAAUUCAGUAGUAGAGUUACCGCUAACUUCAGAAAACAUUGAGAGUGUGCUGGAUGAAAUUCGACCAUAUCUGAUUUCAGAUGGAGGAAACGUUGCAUUGCAUGAAAUUGAUGGCAAUGUUGUAAAGCUAAAACUACAAGGAGCGUGUGGAUCCUGUCCAAGUUCAGUCACGACAAUGAAAUUGGGAAUUGAACGUCGUUUGAUGGAAAAGAUACCAGAGAUUGUUGCGGUUGAAGCAGUACCAGAUGAAGAAACUGGCCUUGAGCUUAAUGAAGAAAACAUAGAGAAGGUUCUUGAAGAGAUACGGCCAUAUCUUGUUGGGGCAGCUGGUGGAAGUUUAGAACUUGUGGCAAUUGAGGAGCCAAUAGUUAAAGUCCGAAUCACAGGUCCUGCAGCUGGUGUAAUGACCGUUCGUGUGGCUGUAACUCAGAAACUGAGGGAAAAGAUACCAUCAAUAGCAGCAGUUCAACUCUUGCAGUAGAAUGUGGGCGAAUAAGCAAAGGAAAGAGGAGCAUGAUUGGCUCAGUUUGCGUGACGCCUUCAUACAUUACCUAUGUACCAGCAAAGGAAACAGUACACGCUACUUUGUACAGUUGCUCUGCAUCUAAUUUCAGUCUUUAUGUUCUAUAUUGUAUUAUUUGAAUAGGCACACCCUGGAAAGGGAUUUGCAAUACCCAGUUUGUGUUGAUGGAGAUGACCCUGUUAUGUGAGUUCAGAUGCGAGAGAAGACUUAACAGUGAUGAGUACCAGAAAAUUCGACGCUGAGAGUUUAGACGCAGACCAGACCGAUGGUUGUGAGCCCAAAUAAUAACCCCUAUUUAUAAGAUGCUGUUGGCCCAAACAAGAAACUUGUAUGCGGUCCAUGUUUGAUUCUUAAUAGGUGUUUGCACACGAAUUUUAUCUGAUAGUUUGAAAUUAGAACGUUUGAUUUAUAUCUACAAAUCAUUUGUUUA